AUGCAACCAUCAGUUUAUUUCUUAAAUGCUUCUUACUAUGUGGGUCCACAUGAGGAACCCGCUCUGUCACGCACUGGCUUCAUCAUGCUCUCCAUCAUUAUGGCAAUUUUUACCGGUCCGGCCAUCAUCCUCAACGCUACGGUGAUCAUUGUGUCCCUCAUGCACAAGCAGCUGAGGCAGCCGCUCAACUACGCUCUGGUGAACAUGGCUGUGGCGGACCUGGGCACAGCCAUGACCGGAGGGGUGCUGUCUGUGGUCAACAACGCCCAGGGGUACUUCUCCCUGCGAAGAACCGGCUGCGUGAUGGAGGGCUUUUCAGUGGCCCUGUUUGGCAUCACAUCUCUAUGCACAGUUGCUCUGAUCGCAGUGGAGAGGAUGUUUGUUGUGUGUAAGCCCUUGGGGCAGAUACUCUUCCAAAAAAAGCAUGCAGUUAGAGGUAUUGCCUUGUCCUGGUCGUGGUCCCUCACGUGGAACUUACCCCCCCUGUUCGGCUGGGGCAGGUAUGAGCUGGAGGGCGUUGGGACGUCCUGUGCGCCUGACUGGGACAACCGGGACCCUCAAAACGUCUCCUACAUCCUAGCUUACUUUGCUGUGUGCUUUGCAGUUCCCUUUGCACUUAUCUUGGCAUCCUACACAAAGUUAAUGUGGACAUUACACCAGGUGUCAAAGAUGGCCUGUCUUGAAGAUGGUGCAGUAGCUAAAGAAGAGAGAAAGGUGGCGUCCAUGGUGGUUCUGAUGGUGCUGACCUCUAUGAUCAGCUGGUUGCCCUAUGCCGGCCUGGCCAUGCUGGUGGUCUACAACCCUGAUGUGGAGGUCCACCCGUUGGUGGGCACGGUGCCUGUUUACCUGGCCAAGAGCAGCACUGUGUUCAACCCUGUCAUCUACAUUUUCCUCAAUAAACAGUUCCGUAAGUACGCGGUACCCUUCCUGCUGUGUGGGAAAGAGCCGUCGCUGGACGAUGAGGCCUCAGAGGCAACAACAGCCGUAGAGGUUGCCAACAAAGUGUCUCCUGCUUGA